AUGGCGCAUAUCUCUGUUGUUACGGGCCUACCACCCACGCCUGGCAAUGCGUCGGAAAGAACACCAAAGCUCAUGUCUCGAGAUGAUGUAGAGGCUCUGAUUGCCGAAGGCAAGCAUGUCACUGUCUUUCACAACCAAGUAAUCAAGAUGGAUGCCUGGAUGCCAUACCAUCCAGGUGGUGAUAAGGCCAUGCUUCACCUCGUCGGUAAAGACGCCUCGGACGAAAUCGAUGCCCUUCACAGUUACGAAACCCGCCAGCACGUAUUGCGCUAUCGUAUAGGUCGAGUCGAAGGUACCUGGGAGAACUUGCUACCCCCUAUCCAAGGCGGCGUCUAUCGUACACGUAAAGAGAUCGAGCGAGUCAAUUUGGAGGGCGGUUUCAACAAGGAUCAAGACUCAAGUGUGCCAUCGACUCGUGUUCCAUCCCCGGUAUUCGACGAGGAAGGUGCAGAAGGCGUUCGGCAGAGAAAGGGGGAUAAUAAGAAAAAGGACGGGGCUCGAGCACCUUCGGUAUCAUCUGCCUCUAGUUUGGAUGAGCCUGAAAUGGAUGGCAUGUCGUACCUGGAUACAAUCACUCGCCAACAUAUCAACCUCGAUCUCGACAAAUACCCUCCUCCUGACAAAGAGACACAAGCUAGAAUCGCUGCCAAAUAUCGCGAGCUUCACCAAAAAGUUUACGAUACUGGGCUUUACGACUGUAACUACAAAGCUUAUGGAAUCGAAUUCCUUCGCUAUAUCGCAUUGGCUAUCGGCUCAGCGGUCUGUUUGCACUAUGAGUGGUAUGCCACCAGUGCUUUCUUAUUAGGCGCCCUUUGGCAUCAACUGUCGUUCACUGUUCAUGAUGCUGGCCAUAUGGGUAUCACCCAUAACUACCUCAUCGACUCUUGCAUUGGAGCUCUUAUUGCCGACUUCAUGGGAGGUCUGUCAAUAGGUUGGUGGAAGCGUAAUCACAACGUGCAUCAUGUUGUUACUAACGCCCCGGAACAUGACCCUGAUAUUGAGCACAUGCCUCUUUUCGCCGUUUCCCACCGUCUGCUUGGCAGCCUGAGAUCGACAUACUACGAACGAGUAAUGUACUACGAUGCUGUGGCUAAGGUUCUCCUAAGAAUUCAGGCCUGGACCUACUACCCCCUGCUUUCUCUUGCCCGUUUCAACCUCUACCGACUAUCUUGGGACUUUCUUCUCAUGGGUCGAGGUCCCAAGAAGGGUCCUGCGCUGGCUAUUUGGUGGCUUGAGAUCACCGGACAGGUCUUCUUUUGGACAUGGUUCGGUUAUGGCCUCGUCUACAACAUGCUUCCAGACAACUGGACUCGGUUCUACUUUGUCAUGAUAAGCAACAUUACUGCGUCACCCCUGCAUGUUCAGAUUGUGCUGUCUCAUUUCGCGAUGAGCACUGUUGAGUUGGGGCCUCAGGAGUCCUUCCCUCAGAGACAGCUUCGAACGACCAUGGACAUCGAUUGCCCCGAGUGGCUUGAUUUCUUCCAUGGCGGCCUGCAGUUCCAAGUCAUUCAUCAUCUCUUUCCCCGCGUGCCUCGUCAUAACCUGCGUGCUACACAGAAACUCGUUCAGGAGUUCUGUAACGAAGUCAACAUCCCUUACGCGCUUUACGGGUUCGCCAACGGUAACCAGCAAGUGAUUGGAAGACUGGCCGAGGUUUCCCGACAAGCGGCCAUUCUUUCCAAAUGCCAGCAAUCAAUUCAGAAUGGUGAUCUUUCUCACCACUAG